AUGUCGAACCUGUCGUGUUGGAACCUGUGGCUUCUGACGAACGCCUGCCAUGUGGGUUUGAGACCGAACCAAGCGCAAGGUGUGCGCUGGAUCCAUGAGCGUUUGAUGUCUGAUGUCCCGGGAGCUGUGCUCCUUGACGACAUUGGCCUGAGGAAGACAGAAAUGCAAAGGGAUCGUUGCGACACCAAAGACGCUGCUGGGCCACUGGCAGCACGAGAUGUCACGUUGGCUGCCUAUACAAAUGCCACCGAGAUGAUCGACGUGUUUUCCUACCCGUACUUACGAGGCUGUUUUAAGCGCUGCGGUUGGACAGCCUCCGAUGACAGCGACAUUUGGCGCAACGUCAAUUUCAUCGUCAUGGACGAGGCCCACCUUUUGAAAGGAGGCACGGGCCAGUUGUCGCAGGCUAUGAAGCAGGUGCCUGCGAGGAGAAGACUGCUGCUUACAGCCACGCCCAUAUCCAACGAGUUGAAGGACCUUGCCAACAUCCUUGAAAUAGCUGUCCCCGAUCGCACGUUCGAUGUGCAGCAGCUUGCCUCGCGAGAGACGGAGGCCACAGACACCGGGCUGCGGCUGAAGCUGCAUGGGGCUGCGCUGCAGAAGCUACAGCGCACGAAGCAGGAGAAAGGGGCGCCGCUGCGCACUUUGCAAGAGCUGCAGAAGAUCGCUGAAACCAGCAAGAUUAAGUUCGUGAUGUCCUUUGUCCGCAGCCUCGCUGCCACUGACAAGGUCGUCGUCGUCUCCCGGUACUUGGAGGUCUUGCGUCGUUUGGGUGCACAGCUGCAAGAGGAUGGCUUCGAUAACCACAGCCUCAUCGGCGACAUGAACCCUGAGGAGCGAAGCUUGCACGUCAAGGAGUUCAACGAGGGAUCUUGCCAAGUUUUCUUGCUAUCGGAAGAUGCUGGCGGCCAGGGCAUUUCCCUCAUCGGUGCCAAUUAUCUUCUGAUCUUCGAACCAUCAUGGAACCCCUCGCUGGACGAGCAAGCGUUUGGACGUAUCUGGCGCCCGGGGCAGUCUCGCGCAUGCCAGAUCCUUCAUUUGUUUUCUUCAAAUACGGUGGACGAACGGAUAGUGAUGGCAGCGAUCGUGAGCAACAAUGUUUGGAUGCUGGUGGAAAAUCAUGGAUUUUCGUAUGCCAACCUGGCCGACAUCACUUUGGCCGGAUUGGCUGGAAGGUGGAAGGCUGGAAGGCUGGAGGGCUGGGGCUUGGGGCUGGUGGAAGGCUGGAGGGCUGAGUCUGGAAAACUGGGCUGGAGGGCUGGAAGGCUGGAGGGCUGGGAGAUCCUGAAGUAUCCGCAUCCGGCUCUCCGGCGUCCGAACGCCGAAGUGACAGACUUUGGUCCCAAGCUUCGGCAGCUGUCGGAGAACCUCUUUCGGACCAUGUACGCGAAGGACAAUGGCUGCGGGCUUGCUGCGCCCCAAUGUGGCGUCAAUCUCCGGGUGAUGGUGUACAACUACCAGCGCAUCGCGGGCGAAGGUCGAAAACCUGAAGGUGAGGUGGUCUUCGUGAACCCUCGCAUCACGGCACAUUCCGAGGAGAAGUGCGAGAUGCUGGAGGGCUGCCUCUCCUUCCCGAAUUUCGGGGCCCCAGUGGUUCGGCCCGCGUGGGUGGAGGUGCAGGCGGUAGACCUGGAUGGAAACCCGUAUACGAAGCGACUAGAAGGUGACGAAGCUCGAGUUUUUCAGCACGAGUAUGACCACUUGGAUGGCAUCGUUUACAUAGAUCUCGUGGCAGACGAGAACAAGAAGGAGAUCGCAGCCAACCUCAAGAAGCUCGUCAAUGACUAUGCAGCUGGGGGUGGCAAGGAUCCACGGCCCUGA